AUGUCUGCACUUAUUGACCCUAUGACGCACAUUGAAUGGAUGUGCCAGACGAACUCAGAUCCGUGGUCGAAGUCUCAGCCACCCGAAUGGAGUCUUUACUCGGACGUGGAAAAUCUCAUUAUCGAAGAAGCCUUCGAAACCAAGCAAACUCAUGCCAUGCUGGACGGCUGUUACAUUGAUUUUAAACAUAGCAUUCAAAUCUGCAACAACGAUGACAACAAGCAAAGGCCUGUCAAACGACUAGUGCGCAAGAAGGAUGAUAAACGUCUACGGAGAGAACGCUUCAUGCUCGAUCCCAUUGCUCCGAAACGUCCCUUCGGUGGCGAGUAUGGCUGGGUUUCGCCCUUUAUAAUGGAAGUGAGAAAAGACUUGAAGUUUGACAAGGGACAAUUGCCUUCACGAGACGAAACAAUCGUGUCGAUGAUUGUUGAAAAAGCUGUUAUCGGUAUUAUUGAAGAAGGCAAGAUAGCAAGAAAACAGCAUGAAGCAGAAUACAUGGCUAAAAAGUUGAUGGAGCAGCAAAACAGCGGAAUAAAAGAAGUUUGGAGAUGCUGUGCUUACCUCUACUCGAUGAACAGUUUCUUAUACCAAAAAUUGAACGAGGCUAUGAGAUUUAUAGGAAGCGACGAGCAUGAACAGGUUUGGCGAAGUAAAAUUCGUACAUUGGGACCAUUUUGCCUGCUCCUGUGGGACGAUCCCUUCAAUAAUAAAUUAAACACGGGAAAACUACUUUACCGAGGAGCCCAGCUGACCGAUGAUCAGAUCAUCACUUAUAAAGACUAUUCUGGGCAUUUCGAUGAAUAUCGUUCAUUUCAAGCGUUUACUUCAUGCAGUCGAAAUCGCGCUGUAGCCGAGGCAUUUAGUGGUAACGCCUUAUUCAUUAUGCAAGUGCUCUUCGCUUUUACUGUGGAUCUCAGUCCAUUCUCUGAAUACCCUGACGAAGAAGAAGAACUUAUAACUCCCGGCGUUUGCUUUACUGUUCAACGCGUAAGGGGUAAUAACGGUUAUGUACUAAUACCAUACAAAUUUAUGUUAGAUUGGAAAUAUAUGGGACAUACGAGAAGUGGUAUAUGGGCUAUAAGUAAGAUAAUACCUGUUGAUCCACAAAAUCAGGAUGAUACACUUGACACUCUACAACAAUCGCCGACUAAUACAAGAGAACCAGAUGAAAACAGUCGUGCUCGUGCACACUUAGUAUUAGCGAAAAUCAAAAAAAUGAAAAAAAGAAGAAGAAGAAGCAAUGCUUUACAACGAAUACGUCAUCAAAUAUCAGCAACAUUAGGAUAUGCAUUAACAUUGUGA